AUGCGCAGCAUCCUCCGCGAGCUCCAGCGCAGGAAGUCCAAGCCCCUGGCGCCCACGAGGUCGGUCGCCAAGAAGCCGUGCGCAUCGCCGCCGCCGCGUCACGGUUCGAGCGACGCCGUCCGGGGUCCAUGCCCUCCUGCACCGCAUCGGCCUCAAGCUUCGUCGCGCUGCACCCCCGCCUCUCCGCCGCUGACGCCGCCUCGGUCCGCCCCAUCUUCGGCCAGUUCCGCGCGGGGAGCUACUCCUGGCGUCCCCGCGCAUCUGAAGCCCGGGACGGUGGUUCGUGUCCGCACGAGGACUGCGACGCUGAAGACGGGGCAGGUCCUCGUGCUCUGCCUCAAAGCCACGAUCGUGUCGUCGUCCACCGACGGAGGCUAUGAGGUUGUCUACGACGCCAACUGGCCACGCGGCGAUCCCAAGAGCACCGUCCACGUCGCGCCGCACCAGGUCAGGGUGAUCAAUCCGUCUCCGUCGCCGACGACCCCACCGCGGUCCCUGCCUCCGCCCACCGCCACUGUCGCCGCGACUACGAAGAAGGAGAUGCCGAGGCCAACCACGACAGGGAAGAGCCUGCGCCUCAUCCGCAGCCUCUUUCCGGAGAUGGAGCUCCCCGCCCGGGCUUGA